AUGGCCAAGAAUAAGCGUCGCGCCUCCGGGUACCCCCCCUCUUCUCGUUCCCCCUCGGGGGCUUAUUCUGGUGGUCCCGUUUCUUCCACCAUUUCUUUGCAAGUACCAGGGGGUGGUGUCCCCUGGGCAUUCAUCACUUUUCUUUUGGCUUCGGCCUCUUUGUUUGCCCUCGGGCUUAUUCUGGUCGUUUUGUCGGGCCGGAUGGAGGUGGUGUUUAACAACUACCUUUUAAACAACUGGGAAGAGCUGGACUGUGGGGUUGGUGGGGUGACGAUUGUCGGGGCUCGGAAGCCCUCGGGUCUUCUCCUUCGGGAGUUGACCUGGGUGGCACCGGCCUUUGGCAUCUCGAUCCUCUUUGCCUACUUCUUUCUCGCCGCUCUGUUCCUGCUCCGACAUACCAGUCUAAGCCAAUGGAUCUCCGGCGCUCUCGGUCUUUUAGCUUUUGCGGGAUCGAUCGUACUUAUCGUUUUCCGACAACUUCCGGCCUUGAUAAUUGUUAUUUUUGGCACCGCUGUUUGCAUUGUCUGGCAGAUUGUCUGCUUCAUUGCCAGCCUUCUAACAACUCUUUUAUAUGCCGGUUACCUCCUUGUCCUUUACAAUUUGAGAAGAAUUUGGGACGUCACUGCUCCAUCAUGUACCAAAGAUCGGAAUUUUUAUACCCCGCGAUUCAUAGCAGCUAUCAUAUUACUCUCUGCCACGACAUAUUGGAUCACGCAUGUUAUAUCGUCCUUUGCACAUUUUUUCGGGGCCCUUUUUACGAAGAAUCACGUACUUAUGAAUGUUCAGAGCGACUCCAGACAUUCAAACAUUCGAAGAACGGCAGUUCAGACGACACUUCGCUUGACUUACAGCAGCGUAUGCUUUGGUGCGGGACUCUUAUCCUUCUCGGUUUUUUUGAAAGAUCUGGGAAUGGCUUCAGGGCAAAAUCUUUCGCUCACGCCAGAUUCAAAUUUUCGUUCUAUAACUGGAGCCCUCUUAUUAACUCUUUUGGUGUAUCUUGCACCCUUCCACGCCGCUCUUGAUUCCAAACACUCGGACUGGACCUUUUCUAUGAUGGCCCUUGAUUCCACUACAUACUGGAAAGCUAAUAAAUCCGGUGUUACCUUAAUGUCAGCAGCUGGUUUGGAAAUGCUCAAGGACUCGGGAUUGUUCCAAAUGAUCUCAUACUUCCCCGUCGUGAUUGGUGUAAUCAGCGCUCUUUCAACGUUUUUCUUAAUCACCCUUAAGCCCAACCCUGUUGAGGAAACCAAAGAUGUUCUAAUAGCCGAAGUUCUGGUAGCUUUCGCUUUCUUUGGCGGAUCGCAAAUUGCGAGAGCUGCGUUUUCUCCACUCAAGGGAGCUAUGUGUACCAUUUUCGUUAUGAUGGCAAGAGAUCCAGCUGUUUUCCAAGAACAUUAUGGACAGAUUUGGACUCGCUUGGAAGAGCUUCACCCCAGUGUUGCGGAGGCGUUAUUGAAGUGA